AUGGGUCGCCGCGCGGGCGAUGGCGAGGAAAUUCUUCCGGACUAUGAAAGUUCCUUGGAUCCUAUUGAUCCUUUGGGACUUGGACCGCCAACUCCGAGCUUAGCAUCCAGACAUAGUGGUUCGACAGAUUCUAGCGCAGACAAAGCUGCAGUAGCCGCAGGACUCGCAGAAGGCCCCGUUGCAGGUGAGGAUGGAAUGCUGGAAUUGAACCCAUUAGAUGAGCCAAUGACCGAUUCUUCAUUCCCCGACGAUGCGCCACGUCCGGACCGGAUGGACCGGUGGGGUAGGCGCGAAAGAAGGGGCUUAAGAUUCCAAAGGUGGAUUGAACACGCUGCAACCCCGGGGGAUCCCUGUCCCAUUCUUCCUUGUGCAUUAGGGCCAGAGGACGUCGGGCCAUUCGUUACUGACCUGCCCGAUAUGACCCUACCACCGGAUAUCUCUCAGGAUGCUCUCAGAAUGGGCCUUAUUGCCAAUACAGACAUACUUGCCAAAUUCGCGAGCGUCAGCCAGCCAGUGGACGCUGCGAGUGGGGCCCAACAGUUGAAUAACUGGCAGGUGUAUGUCGCAGAAGGUAUCUUAUGCAUAAGUUUUAUGUUCCGAUAUCGAGGGAGAAGGGGAUUCCAUACAUCGGAUGUUAUGAAGGUUGCAUGCGAGUAUUUUUAUCCAAUGGAAUCCCUAAAGUCUGUGUAUUACUCUAAAGUAGCCAACCCGAGUGAUAUCAGAUUUGUUGCCAGAAUCUAUGACGAGUUUAAUCUCUUCCCGACCGACGACGAACCCGAGCGAGAUACACAUUUCACGCCGCAAGAAUGGAAACAUGGCUCAUCGGAAUAUAGAGCUCUGCUCGGAACAUAUACGGGUAGAGUUGUGGCCUACCUGAUCCUGGGGGCAUAUCCUCGAAGAACCCAUCGGAUUUCUCGAGUUGUCACUUGGUAUACCUGGGAUGACCAUGAUAAAAUAGCAUUACUUCAAAUGCGUUUUGAUAUUGAACCCAUUCCUGUCCCUACACCUCCUCUUGAAGGUAUGUAUUUGGACCCUCUGGGCGUGCCUGAAUAUGCCAAGAGAAAGGAACGCAUGACAAGCCGGGGCCGGCCUCAGAAAGCCAAAGCACCUGCUCCUGGACCUGGACCUGUGGCUGGUCCUCCAGCUAAACCUUUCCUGCCUCCUGUGUUUGGUACCCCAAAGGCGGGCUCAGUUACCCAUCGCAUCAAGUGUCCGGAGGUGAAGCGUCCUAAAAUUCCUGAAGAGCCUAGACCUCUAUUUGAAGGCGGGAAGAGACCUGCUUUCCUCGCCCCUGGAACUGGGCCGAAGGAUGAGCGUCCUAAAAUGAUUCCCGAAGAGCCUAGACCUAGACCUGGAGGGGCAAAACCUGCUAAGGGCUUUGAUCCUAUGAGCUUUGAUGAGCCUUUGGGCUUUGAUGAGCCCAUUCCCACUCCUAUCGCUCGAGAAAAGGGUGCUCGCGGACCAGCUCCUGCUCCAGCUCCCGGCUCAGAAGCGCUACCACUAAGAAAGACUAAGGAUGUGCCGAAGCCUAAGAGUGGAAAACGUAGUAAAAGAGCUCCUGCUGAGCCCGCUGCUGAACUACCUGCAAAGAGGGCAAAGAAAGCAAAGAAGGAGACGAUACCAGAGGAGCCCAAGGAUGUGCCGAAGCGUAAGCGUGUUCGUGGGGGAGAGCCGAGGCAGAAGCGCGUUCGUGGGGAAGGUGGACGAUUUGUCACUAAAAGCCCAUCUUCAAAGCAGACAGAGAAAGCAGAGGCAUCACCAGAGGAGCUCCAAGAGGUAUCCAAGGAGCCUGCUGCUGAAAAGCCUGCUGCUGACCCCGCAGACCCUCCCUUGAAAAAAUGCUCACGCUGCUUGAAAAGAUUGCCGCCAGACCACUUCCAGCCUCGCAAUGACAAAGGUCCCAUCACAAAGACCUGCAAAAAGUGCAGGAAUGCCAAGAGAGCCACCGCUCAGCCUCGCAUGAAGACCCGAAAACAGAUUGCUGCUGAGAAAGCUGCUGCUGAAUAG